CUCUGGCUCCCGGACGCUGGUUGCUCAGACUCUCCAAGGAGGCUGCGAUGGAGACAGGAUGACACCGGCCGGGUGUUUUUCGGAGGAAAGUGGCUCUGGGGUGUCGGUGCCUGGCGGCUCUCCGACGCGCGACCUUACCAGAAGACGAGCCGCGUGCCACCUGAGAAGGAAACGAGGAGUGUGUUGCAGCGUGUCGAUGCCCGAGGAUUAUGGACCGACGGUGUGACCGGUUUGGAUAAAGCUGUGCUUCUCGUCUUUAUUUCCUGCAAGCUGGCCACAUUCACUGACGCGCUCCUGUUGGACGUUUUGACUGUCUAAUGUUGAAUGGCGCGCGCUUCCGACGCGAGGCAUAUCGGCGGCGCGUCGUCUCCUCCCUGUCGUCGCCGGACAGACGCGUGUGAAGGGUGCGCGAGCCUGUGGAUAGUUUCCCUGACACUAUGGUACAAUAUUUGACCGUCCGUCGCCGUUUUUCCCCGUGCCACGCUCCAUUGCGCAUGCCCGGCGGCACACACACAACGGCUGUGGCCGACGCCACUUGGCUCCGUCCUGGCACUGAUGUGGGAGCGAAAGUAGCGGGGGAGCGGAGGACCGAAUAAAAACAAUGCGCCGGCAAAGUGGCGGCGUGGCGCCCAAAGGAUUGGACCCGAGAUCCGCCGCCAAGUAGACCGCGCCACAAGCCGAAGAAUGUCAGGGACACCACAUGCAGAGGCCGAAGGGGUAGUAGUCUCCAAAGUACAAGUGAAGAGGGAGAUCAAGACAAUCGUGAGGAAUUUGGAAACCAUCCUGGGAGACCUCAAGGAUGUAGCCAAAGAGCUCAAAGAGGUUGUCCAUGAUAUUGACACCCUGACCUGUGACCUGCAACUGGAGGAGGAUGGACUGACAGACAGCUCCAAGACAGACACACUCAACUCCAGCUCGAGUUCCACCACCACCACUACCACCGCUUCCAGCCUGGAGAAGAUGAAGCUCUUCCCUGAUGACUGUAUCUUUAGAACACCUGGGCCCAUGGUCCCGGUCCUUGUCAACCCCCCUGCAGUACUGACUGUACUGAAGAAACCCCACCCGCCCUUACCACCACCAAGACUUACCCCGCUGAGAGCCGAGGAUCACAACAUUAAGAAUCUGCCUCACCCGACGUUAGUGUUAUCAGGGAAUAUAUCCAAGGCUAACGGGUCUCUGAUGAGGAAUGGCGGCGUUUUCCCGCUGAAAACAAACAGGGAUUUAUUCUCCUCCACACCUUGUUUCAUGUCUAGUGACAGCGGGAUCCCUGAGUCGGGGCUUGUUCCUACAUUGCCCAGGCCCAUGCCCCUCCUCCGUCACGAAAAGAACAAAUGCCCCAAGGCCCCUGGCAGGGAGCCCCGUGAGAGGGAGCGUGUCCGUUUCAGUGAGAAGGUCCAGUACCACGGCUACUGCCCGGACUGUGACCUCCAAUAUGAUGUAGAUGACACAGAACUACACUUACAGGCUGAGCUGGGCGACUUGAGGCUGAGCCCGGUACAUUGCUGCACUUCCUCCUCCCCUCCUCCACCUCAUGCUCUUCCUCAUGAUCUAAUGUUGGAAAACGGCGGCCUCUCGGUCAGCCACAGUUUCCCGCCGACAGCAAACGCUCCUCCACCUUGUGUGCCUCCUCACCCGCCUUCCCAUAAGCCCCAGAAGACGAUCCUACGCAAAUCAACCACCACCACGGUUUGACACCGAAUCCCCUGUUCUGCCUGCCUAAACGUCCUUGAAUCAUUCGUUGUGUUUUCUACUUUAAGAGUGCUUUCUGCUCCAGUUGAACUUUGGAUUAACCAAACAGAGAGAGGAAGGUUUGGGAAAUGGGAAACAAACGGAUUGAUGAAGUGAGCAGAGUAGAGAGGAAGGCAUUGCCAUGGGCGCUGAGACGUACCCAGAGAGAUGUGGAAGAAGCGGGCCCGUUGAGAUACUUGGGGAUGGCACGAGUGGAAGGGACGCUUGUUUCACGCACUGAUCAGCCCUGGUUGAUUGGGCAGGGGAGGCGCCAGAGCUGAGGCCAGGCAUCACCCUUCUCUUUUGCAUAAAGCAGUGAUGGCUCUCAAUCAACAGGAGUCAAGAUCCUGUGGACAAAUUCAUACUUUUUAGGCACUAAACAGUCUCCAGGCACAUGUUACUGUGAAACUACAGAAACUGCGAGAGCAGUCCCUGUAUGUAAAUGCAUAGAGAUAGGUGAAAUUUGGGCUGUGGAGUUGAUAUUUUUGUUACUUAGAAAUAGUUGAAUUAGAAAUUAGAAUGCUGCUGAAUCCCUAUCAUCAAAGGUAAACAGGCAAGUUUAGAUGAAGAGCUACAGUUAGGUCGAAAUGAUGUCAGCCAGUAUAUGAUUCGUGUCUUCACAGGCUUUUUCUCUGUGUAUACUCAGAUGGAAAUCAAUAGCUCCACUCAAUCGAUGGAAUUUGCCUUUUAAAAAUUGUAAUUGUUUGUGUCUGGGGAGCCUGACACGCGGCCUGUGCGCAAAACGCAGCUUUGCCAGAAUGCAGAUAAGGAGAAAAUGAUAUCAUGUCAGUAUGGGCCAUAUGCACAAUCACUGCGUAUUUCGGGAAGUUUGAAAUGAACGAUGACGUGGUCACUGAUCUGUGUCCAGACUUUAUGCCCAUUACAUCAAAAUCUAUGUGCUCAGUUGGUGCCAUGCACGCUAUGUUUUUUCCCCCACAAUAACAUGCAGAAAUACAGUACAGUGUGGCAUAGUUACAUCUUUAAAGGAUUCUUGAAGAAGUAAUAAUUUGCAUAAAAUUUUCUUUGUAUACAAAUAUACAUGGACAUCUUUGAUAUUUAUAUAUUUCAGGCAUUUUUCUACAGAGACUUUAACAUUUAAAGAGAUGAUAUUUUUGAUAUUGUGUUGGAUGACUGAGAGGUAUUUUGACGAAAGCUGACAUUCCCUCAAGGUACGAGUUUUUUCCAGAAGGGCAUAGCAGGAUGAGAUAUUUAUAUCUAGCAAACAGUAUAGUGUUUGUAUGGAUGAACAAAAAAACAAGUGCUUCAGUAUUAUCACUUCUAGACACUUAACAGAAUGGGCUGUAUUAUGAGGAAGGAAAGGAAAGUGGAGAAGAUAGGUGGCAUAAACCAAAUACCUAGAUGUGCUUUAUGAGACAGGAGGCAUGAAAAUGAAUGAAAGAGUGCAUGACUGACUCUUCACUUUGUGCUGCCACCACUGUGUUUUUCUAUGCAUUUCUGUGAAGAGGCUGUCUGUUGGUGGGUCCCACCCCCCCCCCCCCCCCCCCCUCCCAUCUCCACAUAUGAUGAUCAUCAGGUUAAUUCAGCAGUCACUAUAAACCUUGGAAAUACCAUGCUUCUUAUUGGCAAAUUAAGCAUUUGCGAUUAAAUCAUUUUUAAAAGCUAAUUCAUGCAGCACUUAACAAAACCAGAGAUUACACCUGUAACCUCCACUCCUUUGUUCUCACUGGACACAGAGACUGAAUUCAUGACCCAAUUCUGUAUCAAUCAAGAAUCUGUUUCAAAGAUGAUUGGGAUCUGGGUCUCAAAACGCUGUUGGUGAUAAUUUUGUUGCUUGUCCACAAACUGUUUGGAAAACUAAUUGUGAGAAGUAAAACACUUUGCACUUAA